GCAAAGCAGCUGUCACACACCAUGGUGCUGAGAAGUCCUUAUUCUAAGGAUAUGGAUUUGGACACUCACCAUAAGAAAAGCACCCAACCCAGAAGAGCUGUUUCUGCACACCCAGUUACUCAGGCCUUGCCAGACAAGCAGCCAGCGCUGCAGGAGGACCAGGUUCAACAGGAUAAGGUUUGGAGAGAGUCUGUGGAGGCUGAACAAAGAGGAAGAAAAAUCUGGCACCAGAACUGGAGUUUCCUAAAGGACUAUGACCAAAUGGGUAAGAAAAAGGAGCAGAAGCCACUGCCAAACUAUAUGCCUGUGUUCUCAAGCAAAGUUCCCAACUCAACCAACCAGAUCAUUGGCAGUCGAAUGAAUACUGAACCUGGAAGGGCUCUGGUAAACAUGGAUUACUUCUUCAGCAGUGGAGCACGGAAGAGGAAACUCGAGGAUGACCUGCAGGUUUCCUAGUGCUUCACUAAAAAUACUAUAGCAACAAAGCAAGUUGAAUGGUUCCAGCCAACAGGCUCCAUAGCAUGGAAACAAAGCUUUCUUUUUCUCAGGGAGACCCAUACCAUUGUGUAGGAUGGAUUUUCUUUCAAAACCAAGGGUGGAUGUUGUCCAACAAUGCCACAGCAGACAAUCCUCUUUGUAUUUGGGGUGACUGGGCCAUAUACAGAGUGCUAAUGCUACUGGUCUCAUCCAUUCUCCCAUGCAAGUCUACAGAAGGUGGCCACUAACAUGAGGAAGAACAAGAUGACAGCUGAAAGGCAACUUCAUCCUGAAUUUUCAUCUCCUGAAAAGAAACAAUUAAUGGAGACCUGCUCAGAUAGAUUCCAACAUAAACAAUGUGCUUUCCCUUCUGAAAGCUAGCACACCAAAAUGCAGCAACUCGCUGCAUUUCAUACAGUUAGCCAAGGACUCAGCUUCCGACAUCUGCAUGUUUAGGCUUGCUCUAAAGAAUCAAACAGAAGGCACAUGAGAUAUGUUCUGUGCUUUUCCAUCCCUCCCUACUGUGGGAGGAAGACCAAUGAUUUUCAUGUUGGCUGUCAUUUUUGUUUCUCCUUACUUGCCACUCUCAAACUCAUAGAAUAAUAGAAUCAUUUUGGUUGGAAAAGACCUCUGAAAUCAUCAAGUCCAACCACUAUCUGAUCUACCAAGUCUGGUCCUAAACUGUGUC